AUGGCAGUAGCAUCACAUUCUGUCUGUGACUGGGACAUCUCAUUCAUGGCAGUAGUGUCACGAUCUGUUUGUGACUGGGGCAUCUCAUUCAUGGCAGUGUCAAACUCUGUCGCCAAGUUCUUGACGACACGACCAUGCACAUCACAGACUUCAGUGACCCUUCUAAGUCGUUUCAGUUCAGGGCUCUUGAUGGGAGUGGACUUGGCACUUGUCGACACCAUCCCACCACCACGAGUCACUGGUUUGCCAACAGCAUGUGCCUUUGGGGGUGGCACCAGAGAGGGCUUGGCCUUUGCAACCACGGUCGGGACUGGCGUAGAAGCUCGAGAUGGCGUAGCCACAGGUGCACCCAUGCACAGAAGGGCUGCGCAUUGCAACCUGCUGAGGCCCAAAGAUCGAAGAUUUCGCAUGGCUCCCAACGAUGGCGCCGUGGUGCUGACUUUCUCGAAGAAGUUCUACCUGCGAGGAUGUGGAAUGUCGGCAGAAGAGGCCUCGUCCUUGGAGGUUGACCACCCUGCCAAUGACCAAGGGACCAAGAGGUGGCUAAAGCAGGCUCGCAGCCUCAACGCUUCCUUGUGA